AUGACAUGUUCUUCGACGUGCUACGGACUCUCAAGGACGACAUAUUGUCUUCACGCUUUGGCAGCUGCAAACGUCGAAACCAUCGAGACAUUCUGUCAAUCAUGCCCGAGAAAUACUAUUUCAGCAUUUAGUCGUCAAGGAGAAUUGAUUGCCGUUCCUUUUAGCGAAGAGAAUUCCUUAGGCAUUACAUUGUGGCGAACUCGUACAGUUAUGGAAAGUACAGCCUGUGUAAGAGAUAUGUUGCUGUUGAUCUAA